ACAAACCACAUGCUCCUGCACUGUCACACACCACUAAUCAUUACAUUAGUGAGAACGGGUUGAGUUGUCCUCAUGUGAGAUCUCCUCAGUGUUCUGAGGUUCCUCGGCUUGAUCCUGCGUCUCUCUGGACACUGAGGACGACUCGUGCUUUAGGUUUCACCGGACACGUGAUGGACGACAGAUGGACAGACCAGGCUGUGGAGAUAGCAGAUAACUGGCCGGGUUACGCGUUAGAGCUGUUCACGUAUCCGGAGCAUUACCAUGGCGACGUGGAGAGUGUGUACAUCCCACACGGCGUCAUCAUGAACAGGAUCGAGUGUUUAGCCAGAGAUAUCCUGGAUGACUUGGGUCAUGAUAACCUGAUGGUUUUGUGUGUUCUGAAAGGAGGCUAUAAGUUCUGCGCUGACCUGGUGGACUCUGUUAAAGCCCAGAGCCGGAGCUUCGAUCAUCCCAUCACCACCCGCGUGGAGUUCAUCCGCCUCAAGAGCUACCUGAAUGACUGUGCCACUCAAGACCUGCACAUCAUCGGCCCUGAGGAUCUCUCCAUGUUGACGGGAAAGAAUGUCCUGAUUGUCGAAGCCAUAGUGGACACGGGGAAGACCAUGAAGAUGCUCCUGCAGCAUGUGGAGAAGUUCCAGCCCAGGACUGUCAGAGUGGCCAGCUUGCUGCUUAAGCGGAUUCCAGGCGGAGCUACAACGCUUCCAGACUACGUUGGAUUCAUCAUCCCCAAUCGCUUCGUCGUUGGUUACGCUCUGGACUACAACGAAUACUUCCGGGACCUGAAUCACAUCUGUGUGAUCAGUGAAACGGGAAAGCUGAAGUAUAAAUUGUGAGAAACAGACAUGUUACCUGGGUUUGUUCUCAUCUCACACCGAUACAGCGCUUCACGCUAAAGCUAAAACAAAUCUCAUGGAAUUUUGUGUAAGAUGUUAUUCACUAUGGAUUGUAUUCAGAGCUGAAUUCAAGGUGGAUUUAAUACUGAAAUGACUCACACUGUUACUCAGAGUUCAGAGCAUGUGAGUUAUGCAUGCAGGGGGCGGGGUUUCAGUUUUUAGAGGCGUGUCUCAGUUUUGUAUGAUUCAGAUCCUGAACUUUUGAUGUCAUUCAGGACAAAAUGAAAUACAGAAAAGAAUAAUAUCCAUUCAGAGGAGAUGAAUCUGAAUCAGAGACUCCUGAGGAAAUAAUUAAAAAUUGAAAUCGAACUGGAAGUGCAGCAGAUCUUCAGAACUUCCCCCAUAUUAACACUGACAUAACUUCUCACAGCCCGGGAUUCUGUAUUUUUGUGCUUUUCUAAUGUUUUAUACUGCAUCAAGUUUUUCUCUGAAUGAACAUGAUGAUACAGCAAAUAAAAAAUGUCCAAACCUUCAGA